GAAUCGAAUUUAAAAUAUUUGAUUUGUUUAAGUAACUAUAGGUCAGUUUGUUUUUAACCGGUGAGGUUAUUGGUGAUAACGAAAUUACAAAUCAUACGCCUAUCUAUCCAUGAGUGAGAGGAAGAUGAACAGGAAGGAGGAGAAACGAAGAAAAUUCCAUGAAGGCCUGCUAAAAUUGCUUUAUCCGCCUCCAUCGUUGCCUCCUGAUCACCAAGCAACGGAAAGUAGCGAAGAAGAAGCCCCCUCCAUCAUCGACUUGGAUGUUGUUCGAGAUGAAUCUGAGAACGAAAGGAGUUCUUCUUCCUCUAGCGAUCGGGACAUGGGAUUCGAAGCUGGGAAACUAACUAGGGCUCAGAGGAAGCGCAUUCGCAGAGCGAAGCUCAAGGAAGCGGCUUCCCGUCGCCGGAAAAUUAUCGGCCCUUUGUUGCCUGAAGCAAGCAAUGAGAUUGGAGUUUCUGGUGCGGAGAUGGUAGAGGAGCACCCUCUAUGUGUUCGUCAAAAUGCAUCCUCUCCAGAAGAGGCAGCACAAUGUACAAUGAAGAAGAAUAAGUUAAAGAAAAGAAGAGCCAGCAAGAAGUCAGGAAGUGCGAGUUCGAACAUUAUGGGGCAUGCCAAGUAGUGAUUGAUUGUGUUGCUCCACGCCUCCUUCCAUUCAACGAUACAGUCUCCCGGGAGAACUGGUAAGAAUUUUAGGCGACAAAUGACUCCUCGCUACGGAUCCACUUGCAAUGCAAUAAUGUGCACCUGAUGUUGUAGUGCCGCUGAUGGGUUACUUCGGUUGUAGAUUAUGAUCUCUUUUUCCGGUAAAUUCUCAUCAGUGAGUUUUGAAUAUGGGACUGGGGCAUCCAUUGUGGAACAUUUUAUAUUCACUACGUAUAACUGUUAAUUAUAAUUAAUUUUAGACCUUUCU